GAAACAGUUCUGAGCGGACAAUCGCUGCCAAUAUCUUCUCCUAUUGGUGCUUGUUUUUGUUUGUUUUGAACAAUCUGAUUUGAAUCGACUUUUUUCCUUGUCCAUAUUCGAAUAACCAAUCAGGAUGUCCUCUCUUCUUCAACCUGAUGAAAGUCCCACCAAUCAGUGCAGUUUUAUGCUUGCAGAUCCUGCAGACCACAUUAACGUAGGUUCAUUCUAUGAGAUUGAUCACUCAAAGCUUCCUCAUAAGUUUCCAGAUCAACUUAACUCAGUCCGGAUUGUUAUGGUGAAUGAGAAGACUAGAAUGAGAGUGUCCCUGAGAUUCCCGAGCGUCUACUCUCUUCGGACUUACUUCAAUGAGAGUAACUGUAGUAAAUCAGAUGGAAAGAAGCUGCCGGCACUGGACGAAAAGUACACUAUAGGAGCGGAAAGCGCAGCAGAAGCACUUUAUAGGAGGAUCCAGCCUCAUGAAAUUACGGAUAAGAGAAAAUUGUGGCAUUUCUGGGCUGUCGCUUCGAUGUUGCCUUCAAAUUCUAGGUCUAGAAAUACUUUUGUUUCUAAGAAAGGUUCUCUUUGGUCUGAGCUUAAAGGAACCGGAAUUGUUAAAUGGGGCCAGCGCCGGCAGGUCAGGUACUUGGCUAGGCAUGUGGAGAAUAAGCGUGACGUGGUUGUAACAUGUAACGUUGUGAGAGAAGAAAAGGAAGCAGAAGAGGAAGAGAAGGAGGAGGAAGAAGAAGAAGAGAACGCAUCAAUGGUUGUACCUGACGAAGGCGAAGGAGAUCAAAAAGAGACUGAAGAAAGUGAUGGUGAUGAAGAAGAUGCUGAUGUGAAGGCUGAUAAAUCACCGGAAACUAAGAGGAAUCGCAAGAGAAAACACAAUGGGCCUAACUAUAAGACCCAGAAGAAGAUCAAAAGGCCAAAACGUGAAAAGAAGAAUCAAGCUGUAGUUUACAAGCAGAAGAAGAACAAAGUUCUCAAAAACUCAAUUGACAGAUGGUCCGCUGAGAGGUAUAAGUUGGCUGAGGUGAACAUGUUGAAGAUAAUGAAAGAACAAGGUGCAGUGUUUGGGAAACCAAUUCUGAGGCCAGAAUUGAGAACUCAGGCGAGGAGACUGAUUGGGGAUACAGGUCUGCUAGACCAUUUACUCAAACAUAUGGCGGGGAAAGUGGCGCCAGGUGGUGAAGAAAGGUUUAGGAGGAGGCACAAUGCUGAAGGCGCAAUGGAGUAUUGGCUGGAAAAAGCUGAUUUGGUUGAUAUAAGAAGGGAGGCUGGCGUGCAGGAUCCUUAUUGGACUCCACCAACUGGUUGGAAACCUGGUGAUAACCCUUCUCAGAAUCCUAUUUGUGCAAGGGAGAUCAAGGAGCUCAAGGAACAGAUUGCUAAAAUGGAAAGGAACAUAGAGGAGCUAGUAUCUAAGAAGCGUGAGGAAGAACUAGCUGCUGUGACCACCCCAAUUUCGUCUGUUACUAGUCACAGUAUAGAGCAUGACACCUUAUUAACUCCACUGAAGGAAAUGUAUAUUGAUUUGGUGAAUAAGAAGGCUAAGAUUGAGGAACUAUUGAUGGAAAUUUCACAAUCUUUAUGUGAGAUGGAGGAAGAAAUGGGGAAGCAAAAAUCAACAACGGAAGAAGCAAAUAGGACAGAAUCAUUUGAAAGACCAGCAAUAAAGGGAUUACCAGAAUCAACACAACAAACAGGAGAAGAACACGGCAAGGCAGGAGGAGGAAAUAAGACACCGCCAACAACAAAAUCAGCAGUACAAACAGAGGACAAAGCAGCAAAAAUAGAAAGGCUAAAGAGUGGGUUCAGGAUAUGCAAACCCCAAGGAACUUUCUUGUGGCCAAACAUGGCUAUCUCAUCUCCUAAUCAUGUUAUGGUCCAAUUUGAAGACCUCUUUUCAGUCCCUACACCCCCUUCUGUCUCUUCAACAUCAGCAUCAAAGACCCACCUUCCUUCAGCUCCUUCUCAACACAAUGGUCCCGUCCCUACUUCUCCGGUGAAGCCAUUAGCUGAAAAAAGGCCUGUGAAAAUUGCUCUAUCCAAAUCUCUCUCCUUACCAAUUCCUUCUCCUCAUGAGAUCUACAGUGCUCAGUAUGAGCCCAGCAGCAUUGGCACUACAUCUGCUAUUAGCACCACUACCACUAAAACCACUCUAAUCAACCUCAAUGAACUCCCAAGCAAUCAACACGACAAUGGCUUUUCUCCUGGUCAGACUACUUCUACCUACCCUGUCACCUACCAAAGAAGAAGCCAUCAUUCUGUGACUACCACUAGUGCUACUGCUACGCCAUGUUUUAUACCUGCAAAUAAAGACACUAGCGAUUGGGAAGGAGAUGAUCAUCAAGGAAAGGAGGUGAUAAGGUACUGUGAACAACAGCACAAAGGGUGCUGCUCUUUUAAAUCUUCAGGCUUGUCAGUUGGAGUAGGUUCAUGGUUGGCUAUUGCUACUUCAAAGCAAUCCUCGGAAAACAAAUCUAAAAGGGGCUGAACAGUAUUAAUUAUUGGGAAAUUUAUAUUUUGGUAUACACUCGUGAGAUAAGUUUUUAUAUGUUAUACCUUAGUUGAUUAUUGCUUCCAUCAAGGAGUAAAGAAGAA